ACUUUUAAUACUCGCAGGGAGGGAGGAAAACUUCCCGCCAUUUCUCUGCAAUUCCCCAAAAGUGGAAGCUGCUCUGAAACCCUAGAGAGCGCCAUGGAAGAGGAAAUCAAAGAAAAAUUCCAAGAGGUCGGCUUCACUCUCGAAGACGAAGAAGAAAUUCUCAAGAAAUGUCUUACUUUCUGCAUCAAUUACAAUCUGAAGCCCUCGGAUAUUGUUUCAAGCUGGGAGGUUUACUAUCUCAACAGGCGCUUGGAUGAACCAACAGUAAAAAAUGCAGAAAUGGAUGGGUUUCUACUUCACCUACAAAAUGAGAAGAAAGAAGCCAUAAUUGAGGAGGAAACAGGAUUGCAUAUAUACUCGAUUAAUGAUGUCGACAUGAUUUUGAAUGACGAAGAUGGAGAUAUAAAAGAAGGUAUUCUUGGCACUCCAACACACAAGGCUCAAAACUCAGAGCCAUUUGAUUCCACACCCCAAACAAAUGGAAUUCAUUCUUCUGGAAAACCAUCAAAACUUAUUACACCCUUUGGGCAACGAACUAAUAAGUUUGUGGUGAAAUAUAGCAUCAAUGACGUGUCGAAUACAGAGAAUGGAAGGGAGGAACCUGAUCAUGAGAAUCAUGAAGAUGACAUUAUCAGGAAGGUACAACCUGGCAGAAGGUGCUCUUUGACAGUCCAUGGUUCAAAACCUGAAACAGGUUGUAGGUUCAUGUAUGACAGGAUUGAAGAUAGGUUUAAUGCUCUUGAAAACCGAAUCAGAAAGCAUACAACUACACUUGUUUCAUCCGGCCUGUACGAAGAACCAGUGGACCCUACAGUUUCUUCACAGAAGAGCAUAGUUACCGUAGGCAUGAUAUGUUGUGAUGGUGAAGGCCAUUUGAAUGAGAAGUCUACCAUGCUUCAAAGCAGUGUUGAGCAUUCUGGUGGCCAACGUGUUCGUCUAGAGUUACAAAAUUUGAGCCAAUAUUCAAUCUUUCCAGGCCAGAUUGUAGGUAUUGAAGGGCACAAUCCUAGUGGGCACUGCUUGGUUGCUUCUAAAAUUGUAGAUUCUAUCCCACUAUCAUCGAGCAAUGACUUGAAUUUGCAUCCAUCAAAAAAGCAAGCUUUGAGUGAAGAGAUUCAAUCAACUGAUUCAUCUGGCAGGCAGGCAGAGCUAUCAGUGAUCAUAGCAUCAGGUCCUUUUACCACAACGGACAAUUUAUUGUUUGAGCCUCUGGUUGAGUUGCUAUCAUAUGCAAAUAGAAAGCUGCCUCAAUUGCUUAUAUUGCUUGGACCGUUUGUUGAUUCCGAACAUCCUGAGAUUAAGAGAGGAACUGUUGACCAGAGCUUUGAUGAAAUUUUUCACCAAGAAAUUAUAAGAAGGUUGCAAGACUAUGUAGAAUACAUAGGUUCUCAUGCACGUGUGAUUCUUGUACCAUCCAUACGAGAUGCAAACCAUGAUUUUGUUUUCCCUCAGCCUGCCUUUGAUAUUCAUCCACCCGAUCUUAAACAUCAGAUAACCAGUCUCACAAAUCCAGGGAUAUUUGAGGCAAAUCAGGUCAAGAUUGGUUGUUGCUCUGUGGAUAUUCUCAAACAUCUAAGCGGGGAGGAGAUCUCACGUAAUCCAAAGGAUGGAGCACCCAUCGAUCGCAUGGGUAGACUUGCAAAGCAUAUACUCGGUCAGCGCAGCUUUUAUCCCUUAUAUCCACCAGCGGAAGGCAUUCCAUUGGACUUUUCGCUUGCUUCAGAGGCUCUUGAGAUCUCUUUGAUUCCAGAUAUUCUCAUCCUACCUUCCGACAUGAAGUACUUUGUUAAGAUACUUCCCCUCAGUGGAAGAGGUGAAGGAAAAGAAGAAGAAGAGCAAGUAAAGUGCGUUUGUGUGAAUCCAGGAAGAUUGGCCAAGGGAGAAGGAGGGGGUACGUUUGUAGAGCUCAACUAUGGCAAGUCUGACACUAUCAAUGCUUCAAUCAUAGGCAUAUAAUUCAACGGUCUGAAAUAUGCCAAGCCCUCAAGAUGGACCAAUAACACAAGAAUUCAGGUAUAUUACCAAAAAGAAAAGCACAAGAAUUCAGGAAGAGAAGGGGUACUAAACUAAGAUUUAUUGGAUAUGAUUAAACACAAGAAUUCAGGUAUAUUACCAAAAAGAAAAGCACAAGAAUUCAGGAAGAGAAGGGGUACUAAGCUAAGAUUUAUUGGAUAUGAUUAACCACCUAAUCCAAAGGCUCCAACAAUAGACUCGAUGGUUUCGGUUCUGUUCAAAAGCCACUCCAGCUAUGUAACAUUAAUUAUAGAUUUAUGAAUGAUCAAUUAAAUGCUUGUAGAUUUUUUUUUUUUUUUUCAGAUUUAUGAAUGAUCAAUUAUAUGCUUGUAGAUCUUUUAUUUUAUUUUUUUUCAUUUUUUAAAAACUUUCAGUUGAUUUGUGUUUUGUAAAUCAUUAUUGCACCCGCAAAGCCUGUCUUUUUGGCUA